GCGGGAAUGUGCGAACAUUUUGGCCUCAGUGAGAGACAGGGACUAGUCCGAGUCUCCGCAGCGUCCGAUUUGAAUUGGAAUCGGCGAGUUUUUGAGGAGAGAGAAACACAGAAAAAUGAAUCUGCCGUGAGCUGAAAGUAGGAUGUCCCCGCCGCGUCCGCUCGCUGCCUUUAAAUUGCUCUUUGCCGCCACCUUUCGCUUUAUUUCUCAUUCAGUUCUGAUUGUUAGAAGGAUUUACCAGAGUCGCCGACAUGACUGAGACAGCACCCGCCGAAACGGCUCCUCCAGCCGCACCCGCCGCCGCAAAGAAGACCCAAGAAGGCGGCUGCUGUCCGGAGCAAACUAACCGGUCCCACACUGGGCGAACAGAUCGAUAAGAUCGUGUCGGGUUGUCGAGAUAGGAAGGGUAUGUCCUGCGCGUCCAUCAUGAAGGCUCUGGCCGGCAGCGGUGUCGAUCUGGUGAAACGUCGCCCCCAGAUCAAGAUGAGCAUCAAGAGGAAAGUGGAAAGCGGCUCAUUGGUUCAGAUGAAGGGCUCUGGUCUUUCGGGAUCCUUUAAAGCCGGUAAAGGGAAAAGUGCCGUGAAGGUGGUGAAGAAAGCGAAGAAGCCAUCGGCAAAGAAAUCUCCAAACAAGAAAUCUCCCAGCAAGAAGCUUGGCGCCAAGAAAUCAGCGGCUCAAAAAGCGGGAGCUAAGAAACCCGCGGCUAAGAAAGUGGCGCCAAAGCCCAAGAGCCCCAAGAAAGCCGCAGCCCCGAAGACGAAGGCGGCCAUGAAGCCGAAGUCCAAAUCCGCGAAACCCAAGAAGACAGCAGUCAAAAAGUGAAUUGAGAAUACACCAUUUGUAAAUACCUUAACCCAACGGCUCUUCUCAGAGCCACCCACAUCUCAGAAAAGAGCUGAUUCAAAGUUUUGUGAUUCCCGUCCCGGGUCUGACUGAGCUUUCCGGGGGAACUUCUCACAUAGAACCGGAGAUUGACGGUACCUGACAUAUGGUGCGGCACGUCUCAGUGUCUGAAAUGAGACACGGAUGCCCGAGCUGAGAUUGAGAGAUAUGGGAUGUGGGCAGUUUCAGGCCCAAUUCCUUCUCCGAUGCCGGGAGAGAGUCACUAAGACAUUGACACCAGCGGAGAUUCGGCUGAGUUGAUUGGGAACUGCUGAAACCUAUGCGACACGGGAGGGGGCGUGUUGAGAGAGGGAUCCGUCUCUGGGGACGGCCUGCAGCGGGAGGAUAUAUGAGGAUAUAUAUACCCGGUAGCAUUGCCGACUGACCUUCAUUUGGGUCCCAGCUACAAAAGUACAGUAUAUUUACACAAAACACCAACAUCAAACAUGUACCGUAUUUGGCAGCCCUUUCCUUUGCCGUGGUAGUGGCUCUUAAAAGAGCCUUUUCUUGUGUUUGACAAUAGACAAUAGGUGCAGAAGUAGACCAUUCGGCCCCUCGAGUCUGCACCGCCAUUCUGAGAUCAUGGCUGAUCAUUCACUAUCAAUACCCAGUCCCUGCCUUGUCCCCAUAUCCCUUGAUUCCCCUAUCCAUCAGAUAUCUAUCUAGCUCCUUCUUGAAAGCAUCCAAAGAAUUGCCCUCCACUGUCUUCCGAGGCAGUGCAUUCCACACCUCCACAACUCUCUGGGAGAAGAAGUUUUUCCUCAACUCUGUUUUAAAUAACUGACCUCUUAUGCUCAAUUCAUGCCCUCUGGUACUGGACUCUCCCAACAUCUGGAACAUAUUUCCUGCCUCAAUCCUAUCAAAUCCUUUAAUUAUCUUAAAUGUUUCAAUCAGAUCCCCUCUCAAUCUCCUCAAUUCCAGUGUGUACAAGCCCAAUCUCUCCAAUCUCUCUGCGUAAGACAGCCCUGCCAUCCCAGGAAUCAACCUAGUGAAUCUACGCUGCACUUCCUCAAUUGCCAGAAUGUCCUUCCUUAAACCUGGAGACCAAAACUGUACACAAUAUUCCAGGUGGGGUCUCACCAGGGCCCUGUACAAAUGCAAAAGGACAUCCUUGCUCUUGUACUCAAUUCCCCUUGUAAUAAAGGCCAACAUUCCAUUUGCCCUCUUCACUGCCUGUUGCACUUGCUCAUUCACCUUCAUUGACUGAUGAACUAGGACUCCUAGGUCUCUUUGCAUUUCUCCCUUACCUAACUCUACACCGUUCAGACAAUACUCAACCCUCUUGUCCCUGCUUCCAAAGUGGAUAACCACAUUUAUUCACAUUGAAUGACAUCCACUCACCCAGCCUAUCCAAGUCUCCCUGUAUUCUCCUAACGUCCUCUACGCAUGUCACACUGCCACCCAGUUUAGUAUCGUCAGCAAACUUGCUGAUAUAGUUUUGAAUGCCCUCAUCUAAAUCGUUGACAUAAAUUGUAAAGAGCUGUGGUCCCAAUACAGAGCCCUGUGGUACCCCACUAGUCACCUCCAGCCAGUCCGAGAAACACCCAUUCACUGCUACGCUUUGCUUUCUAUCUGCCAACCAGUUUUCUAUCCAUGUUGAAACCCUGCCCCCAAUGCCAUGAGCUCUGAUUUUACUCACCAAUCUCCUAUGUGGCACCUUAUCGAAUGCCUUCUGAAAAUCUAGGUACACUACAUCCACUGGCUUACCCUCGUCCUUGUUACACCCUCAAAAAACUCCAACAGAUUAGUCAAGCAUGAUUUGCCCUUGGUAAAUCCAUGCUGGCUCGGCCUAAUCCUAUUACUGCCAUCAAGAUAUGCCACUAUUUCGUUCUUAAUAAUGGACUCAAGCAUCUUCCCCACGACUGACGUUAGGCUAACAGGGCACUAGUUCUCCAUUUUCUCCUUCCCUCCCUUCUUGAAAAGUGUGAUAACAUUAGCCACUCUCCAAUCUUCAGGAUCUGAUCCUGGAUCUAAGGAACAUUGGAAAAUGAUUACCAAUGCAUCCGCAAUUUCCUGAGCCACCUCUUUUAGAACCCUCGGAUGCAGACCAUCUGGACCCAGGGAUUUAUUAGCCUUCAGUCCUAUCAGUCUACUCAUCACAGUUUCUUUCCUAAUGUCAAUCUGUUUCAAUUCCUCUGAUAUCUUAUGACCCUGGCCCAUCCAUACAUCUGGGAGAUUGCUUGUGUCCUCCCUGGUGAAGACAGAUAUAAAGUACGCGUUAAAUUCUGUUGCCAUUUCCCUGUUUCCCAUAACAAUUUCUCCCAAUUUAUUCUUCAACGGGCUAACAUUGUUCUUAACUGUCUUCUUUCUCUUCACAUAGCUAAAAAAGCUUUUGCUAUCCCCUUUUAUAUUCCUGGCUAGACUGAGCUCAUACCUGAUUUUUUCUCUCCGUAUUGCUUUUUUAGUUAAGAUCAGCUGUUCCUUAAAACUUUCUCAAUCAUCUGUAUUCCCACUCAUCUUAGCCCUGUCAUACUUCUUUUUCUUUAAUGCUAUACAAUCUCUGACUUCCUUUGUCAACCACUGUGCCCCUUCCCCCUCUUUGAAUCCUUCCUUCUCACUGGAAUGAACUGCUUUUGCAUGUUUUGUAUUAUCCCCAAGAAUAUCUGCCACUGCUGAUCCACUGUCUUUCCUGCCAGGGCACCUUCGCAUUUAACUUUGGCCAGCUCUUCCCUCAUGGCUCCGUAGUCUCCUUUAUUUAAUUGCAACACUGACACCUCUGAUCUGCCCUUAUCCCUCUCAAAUUGUAGAUAAAAACUUAUCAUGUUAUGAUCACUACUUCCUAAUGGCUCCUUUACUUCAAGAUCACUUAUCAAUUCCUGUGCAUUACACAUCACCAAGUCCAAAAUAGCCUCGUUCCUGGUUGGCUCAAGCAGAAGCUGUUCCAAAAAUACAUCCCUUAGACACUCCACAAACUCCCUAUCCUGGGGUCCAGCACCUACCUGAUUCUCCCAGUUCACCUGCAUGUUGAAAUCUCCCAUAACGACCUCAUUACCUUUAACACAUGCCAAUGUUAACUCCCUAAUCAACU